UCGUACUCUCGGGAGGUUCUCAUUGCCGCAGCAUCACUGUCAGCCCAAAGCAGGCUGUGGUGCCUGGAAGAAUGUGCUUCGUAAUUCCCAGCAUCAUGGAGCUAACAGUUACUACAAUACAAUAAUUCAAAAUAUUUAGAAUAGGAAAUAGUGCCCGUUGGUCAACGAGCUAUCAAGGAUUAAAUGAGCAGAACCCAGGGCCUCAUCAGUGAUUCAUCUUUUCAGAGGAGGAGAUUGAGUUGUGCAAGAUAAUUCAAGGCUGUUUCCUAAAGGAACUGUAUCAUGUGUAUUUUCAAGUGAAGAGAUGAGGACAAUAUCUGAAGAGGGGAAACAGUUUACCAAUAUUUGCUAAUAUCAAAGGCAGAGAUCUUGAAGACAGCAGCAUUUACUAAUGAAUUUCAACCAGACCAGUUUGUGGUGUGACAUCUGACAGAUAACAUCCUACACAAGGAAAAUCAACUUCUUUACACUGAAAUAUUUUGAAUGAUAAGAUAACCAAAGAAUAGUAUUCUUGGUGUGCUGAUGAAGAAAUAUUAACCAGUUUGAAGAACCGACAUACAGGCAAAUUUCAGUCUCCUGGCCUGACCUGGCACCAAGUGCCUGUUUUGCUAACCAGCUCAGUUAUACGUGCUGUUGGAGAUACUGCUGUUUUACAUUGAAGAUUCCUGACGGAGUAACCCAGCGUGGCCAGCAGAAAAGCUUGCUAGCAGUAUUGCAACUCAUCAAGCUCACCUGUAAAAGUGCCAUCUCUUCCUGAAACGAGAGUUAUGACAUUUGAACAGAGGCAGCCAUGAAAGGGCUAGGAGGCAAUCGAAGCCAUCACCCUUCUGACAACUGCGAACCUACAAGUGACCAAAUGUAUCCAACCGCUGUCCCAGAAAGGAAUCCUUACCUGCUCAAUCCAGCAGAUUCAUAUCAAAUGGAACAUCAUCGCUUCCCAAUGCCCAGCACUAUGCAGGGAGACUGCCUCCUACCUUUGAACAAUCAAAUUGCCAGCAGCACCUUCCCCAGGAUCCACUAUAACUCACACUUUGACCUGCAAGAUGAUUGUGGUUUCACCCCCAAUACUUCUACAAGCAAAAUUAAUCGCAUUCCUGCUAACCUGCUGGACCAGUUCGAGAAGCAGUUGCCUAUUCACAGGGAUGGAUUCCAUACUUUGCAAUUCCAGAGGGGCGAUAACAAGCACCGGAGUGAAAGUCCGGGUCGGAUACGCCACCUCAUGCACUCUGUGCAAAAGCUCUUUGCAAAAUCUCAGUCCCUUGAGGCUGCCGGCAAAGGAAGUGUGAACGGGAGCAAAUAUGGUUCAGACGACUCCAAACAGAGCAAGAGAAGCAAGAGCAAGGACCGUAAAUUGGAAUCAAAGCGCAGAACAAGAACAAAUAUAUCAGGCUGGUGGAGUUCUGAUGAUAACCUGGAUAGUGACAACUUAAAUUAUCGGAAUCCGAUGAGUUUAAUGACACUUGGGAGGCGCACUGACCAUGGACCUGCGAAAUACUUCAUGAACGCAUAUAACACAAUCAGUGAACAUACUCUUAAAGCUUCAAAGAGCAAUAAUGAUUUGAAAUGUUCACCUUGUGUGAAUAUACCAAUAAACGCUGACUCAAAGUACAUAAAGAGGGGUUCCUGGUCCACACUGACCUUAAGCCAGUCUCGAGAAGUUUGCCAAAAAUCAUCUGCUACUAUGGACAAAGCACUAUUGAAAUCCAAGUCAUAUCAUCAUGAUCUUGCCUCCCAGUCCUUGAAGGUCCCUUUUCAUGAAGACUGGAGCAACACUCUUUCACGUGGAAAAGUGGGAGAAAUUCCCUGCCGGCGAAUGCGUAGUGGCAGCUAUAUAAAGGCAAUGGGAGAUGACGACAGCGAGGACUCUGAAAUGAGCCCCAAGCCAUCCCCAAAGACUGCAGCAAGACGUCAAAGUUAUCUCAAAGCCACACAACAAUCACUCAGUGAGCAGAUCAGUCAGCGGAACUAUCUUGCAUCAGUGAGUGAAUCCAUCCAUAGGAGUCUUGAUUGCCUGGAUACAGCAGAACUGAACUCACCCAGCUUUCAUGGAUGGACUGAGGACUACAUGGGAAGUUCAGACACUCUCAAAUCCAACCCAAUGAACCAGGAGAGAGAAAUGGAUUUCGGCAAUCAAUAUGAAAACAUCUGUGAGUCUGUCUUCAGCGAGGUGGACUCCCAAGCAGUGGAUGCUCUGGACCUGCCUAUACCUGGCUGUUUCCGCUCAAGAAGUCACAGCUAUCUAAGAGCAAUCCAGGCUGGCUGUUCUCAGGAUGAUGACAAUGUAUCUGUCCGCUCGGUGUCUCCUCCACCUAUAGCAACCACAGUUCGAACCAUGCAAACCAACACCAAUAAAAACCCGGCCACAAACUUUGUGUUGAAGAGGAACUAUUCUGAGUCUACUGUGUCAUCGUGUAUAACCACUUACAAGAAGACUCCUCCACCAGUUCCACCACGAACCACAUCUAAACCAUUUAUUUCAGUUACAGUCCAGAGCAGUACAGAAUCAGCACAAGACACAUACCUUGACAAUCAGGACCACAAGAGUGAUUUAAACAGUCAGUCUGGUCUCAGCAAUUCUUCGGAUAGCUUGGAUAGUGCCAGAGCUCUGAAUACGACGAAAACAGGAAGUGUUGCUGCCCCAGUUCGUGAACAGUUAGACAACCAAACCCAACACCGACAUGCUACUGUAGCAGUUGAGAAGGGACCACUUGUCACUGAGGAACCGAAAGUGGAAGUUCCUCCAAAAAGAAAGCUCUCUUCCAUAGGGAUACAGGUUGACUGUUCCCAGAAUUUGAUUAAGGAACAAGAUUCUCAAAUUAUCAACAAAUUCCAGUCUAUUGGAAUACAAGUGGAAGACGAGUGGCGCAUCAGCCGCUCCAGCAGCAUGACUUCAAAACAAGAAACUGACUCCGAUACACAGGAAUGUAAUUCUACUGCUGGGUCCCAAGACAAAAGCAACCAACUUUCAGAUUCAGCUCAGCAUCACAAUGCCUCAAACCCUGAACCUGUGGUACGGCAACAUGCAAAAAGCUCCCAGACAAAAAAUAAAGCAUUUCCUUAUGGAGAUAACUUAGAUCCAGCCCUAGAUCCAUCCUCUUUACCACCACCAGAGCCAUGGUUAGAGUCAACUAACAAUCUCCCUGUUGAACCAGUCCACACUACAUCAUGUCGUCGGGAUGGCUACUGGUUCUUGAAACUGUUGCAAGCAGAGAAGGAAAGAAUGGAAGGAUGGUGUCACCAGAUGGAGAAAGAAACCAAAGAAAAUAACCUGUCUGAAGAAGUCCUAGGAAAAAUCCGGAGUGCAGUAGGAAGUGCUCAACUUUUGAUGUCCCAAAAGUUACAGCAGUUCCAUGGUCUCUGCGAGCAAAAUCUGAAUCAAAAUGCAAACCCACGACCGACUGCACAAGAUUUAGCUGGCUUUUGGGACAUGUUGCAGCUUUCCAUUGAAGACAUUAGCUUGAAAUUUGAUGAACUUUAUCAUCUUAAAACUAAUGAUUGGCAAAUUAUUGAAAUGCCAGAAAAGAAGGAAGAGAAAAAGCUGCCCCCGCCCGUGCCAAAGAAACCAGCAAAGACUAAGACUCCUAUAAAUCGUGAGAAACUAACCGAUUCAGCAGACAAACAACGUCAGGAAGCUCGGAAGCGAUUAAUGGCAGCUAAACGAGCUGCAUCUGUACGACAGAACUCUGCAACAGAGAGCGCAGAUAGCAUUGAGAUAUAUGUUCCUGAAGCACAGACCCGGCUGUGAUUUGGAGUAGAUCUUUUGUACACAUUUUGGGCUAACUUUAAAAUUUCAGCAGUCUGUGUGAUUCUACAAGCAACAUUUAGCACCAAGUAAUAGAAUGCAAUGUUUAUUAGUAUAUAAUGCAUUGCUAUUCAACAGACUAUUAAAUUCCUUUCUUUCUAAAUGUUAAGUCUGAUCUCAACAGUGUGUAUAUUGGUUGCCAUGCUUCUCAUCAUUUGCAUGGCUUUGUCUUUUCCACCACAGUCAGUUUUUCUGUACAGUAAACAAAUUGCUUUGCCUCAAUAGCAAGUGGUGUUUCUCUAGCAUAUACAGGAAAAGGACUGGAAAAAGUACAUGAACAAUUCUUCAUUAAUUUAACUUUGAAAAUUUAGAGGAAGAUUAAGUUUCUUUGAAUAACUAAACGUGAGCUCAAUUUUAUUGGGUUGUUGUACUUUUGAUCUAAAAAAGCGUGCUCCUGUUUGCUGGCAGAGUAGCUUUUCAGAAGAUGCUUCCAUUGGCUCUGUAAAUUUGGAUUGCUGCUGCAAAAUGAUGUAAAAGCUCUCUACCAUUCAGUAGAGCAAAGCAAUAGAGCAUUUCAAUGUUCUCACAUUUUUUUCAAAAUGUACAGAAAUGACAUAGAAGAUACGACUGGGAACCCUAGAAUCAUUUUAUGAAAGAAGCACAUGCAACAAAAAAAGGUUUUAUCAAAACUGAUCUAGUUUUAAAACCUUUUCAGAUGUGUUCUUGGAUUUUGCAGCCAAAAUUUUAAAGUAUUUGUCUCAUUCGUUACAGUUACUUCCUGAAUCUAGAAUUAGCUUAAAGUGGUUGUUUAUAUGUAGAUAACUAGUUAAAAUUUUAAGCAUUCAGAUGAAGAUAAAUUAUGGAGAGAACCUUUGUGUUUUGAUUGACUUAAGAAUUAGGUGCAAGUGUCUUGUUCAAAAAAACUGGCGAAAUUUCAUAAAAACAUGAAAGAAGCACUACCUAAUAGCUUUUGUCCAAAUAUACUUUCUAACGUGUAGUAGUCUCCAUUAUUUCAUCUCUGUGUGAUACAGUGUCGUGUUUCGAAGAUUGCCAAAUGUUUGUCAACCAUCUUUUUAUUCUGUUUCUUUUAAUGGGUUUUAACAGAAGAAAUGAUUACUUUUUGACAUUCAAAACUCCAUUACUUAAACAUUAAAUUCAUGAGCAAAAGAUUUUAAUUUCAAAGAUUUAAAUAUUUAAAAUCUGGAUUGGUUAUAAUGCAACUAUGGUGACUGUGUAUUUGUUGUUUAAAAUGGUUAUUCAUGCUAUUUUUUCUCAUUUGAGGAAUUGAUUUUCUGCACUUGUGCCCAAGACUGGAUGCAUUAGGACAAGAUCACAUUUUACUAGAGAUAGAUGAGAUUUGUUACUCAUCACUGAACUGUCAUUGUUGGUGGACUGUUUUUUAAAAACAAUAUUUUCCAUAAAGAGAUGUCUGGAGGCAAAAUGGCCUUCUAGCUUGAGUUUCUUUGUGAUGGUCUUUCUUUUAUAGGUGUGAUGGUACUUUCAGAUAAAAUAAUAAUUUAUAAAAUGCCACAAUUCACAAAGCUAUUCCUCACUAUCAUUUUCAAUGUAUAUUUAAAGUCCCCAGAAUGCUGCAUUCAGCUCUAUGACUCCUGAGUCAGAUGUCUCCAACAUUUAGACAGUGGUAGCAGCAAUUCUAAAUCACAUUCCUCAUCUCUGCUCUCAAGACUUAGCUAAUUUUCAAAACUUUGUGUGCACACGUUCACCUGUUAACUUCUCAAUUUCUUAAGGAGUAGCAGGAACUAAACAGCUGGCAUUUUGCUAUAACCGAAGCACACCAAAGGAGUGGUUUAUGAUCAUUUUUAGAACAGUAUUUUACUGUUACUAAGUGCUUCACAUUCCACAGUACAAAAGCUGUACCUGAAAAAUGAUUUACUAUAAGUGAUUCCUCUUUUACUUAACUAUCAUCAAUAUAUAUAUUAUUGGUCUUUCAUUUUCUUUAACCGAAGUAUAUGAUAAUCAAAUUUUGCGUAAAAUUUUAAAUAAGGUAUCACAACGACGUAUAUGACACAUAUUAAUUUGAACAAAAAUUUGCGUUAAUUUUGCAGUUGCAGCCUAGUAUGAACUUUUUGUAGAAGCUUGACAACUGAGAUUGUGGGUACAGUGUGAUGUUGAUGACAUUUCUUUUUUAUAGUUUGGUUUAUUUCUACCCAGAAUGGUGAGGUGAAACUCUAGUCUAUCUAACCAUUGUUAAUGGUUACAAGAGAGUUGAUAUGUUGGUUGUAUUGGUAUGAAAAUUAAUCUUAAAUUUACACUUACUGGUGGCUUUGUGCCAGUCAUGUAAUAUCAUCUAUGAAGAGAAAACUCUGUAAAAUAAUUUAUAAUCCUAAGUACUUUCUGUUGGUCAAUAGUAAGAAACAAAGAAAAGGUUACACAUUAAAGAAGUUGAAGUAUUUGGGUUUUUAAUCAAAUUAUUAGGAAAAGCAAAGGGAACUACACUCUUUCUGUGGUCUUGAAAUGCUUCAUAGUGCAACUAAAUAAUUAGUCUUAAAAGUCUUCCACUUCCCAGAACCAGUAUGCCUGAACAUGAGCACAGAAAGUUGUGAUGCUUAUAAUUACUUCUCAGUUUGUACAUUUCAAUAGCCCAAUGCCUCACCAGCAUUUAUUACCCAUCCCUAAUUCCCUUGAUUGGAAUAGUUUGCUGCACCAUUUCACAUAGAAGUAAGAAUCGGGCACAAUGUGGCAAUCUAGAGUCACGUGUAGGCUCAAUGGAAUGGGGUUGAUGAAUUUCAUUCCCUAAAGGGUAUUUGUGAGCAGUAUGGAUAUUUGCAAAAAUCGAUAGUUUUGUGGUCACUAUCACUGAAACCUUUCAAUUUCUUUUAUUCAUGCAUGGGAUUUGGGUGUCACUGGCUCGGCCAGUGUUUAAUACCAGCCCUAAUUGUCCAGAGGGGAGUCAAGUAUCAACUGUAUUGUUGUGGUCUGAAGUCAUAUAUAGGUCAGACCAGGUAAAGAUGGCAAUUUUCUUUCCCCAACAACAUUAGUGAACCAGAGGGUUUUUCAGCGAAUUGACAAUGGUUUCCUGGUCAUCGAUAGACUCCUAAUUCCAGAUAUUUACUGAAUUUAAAUUCUACCAUCUACCAUGGCAAGAUUUGAACCCAAGUCUCCAGAAAUAACCAGAGUCUGUGGAUAAAUGGUCUAGCAAUAUUACCACGAGGUCAUCACCCCACAGAAUUCCAAAAUUUAUCAAUCGAAUUUAAAUUUCACCAGCUGCUGUUGUGGGAUUUGAAGUCAUAUCCUCAUAGCCUAAGCCUCUAGAUUACUUGUCCCAUGACAUUAGACUUAGGCCACCAUUUACCCUCCAAGUAACUUAUAGUGUACUGAUUGGCAAUUGCUUUUAUCAGACAUCUAUAUCAAUGAGAAAGCAAUUAAUAUCUUAACAAUUUCAUUUUGCUGUAAACAUUUUAAUUUGCUAUUUUUAAAAUUCCUGAAAUUUUAAUUUUUGAUAUAGUAAGCAAAGUACUGUAGAUGCUGGAAUUCAGAAGUGAGAACCAAAAAAAGCUGGUUAUUGUCUGCAGUUCAGGCAGCUUUCUGAUAAUUUUUAGCACUUGGUAUAUCUGGGCUUUUGGUUGAUUCUCUGAUUUUGUAGUAUCGUUUUGCACAUUCAAUACACCUUUUUAAUCACAUGAACUCUGGUGGUUCAGGAGGCAGCUUGAGGAUUAUCAGUAAGUAUUGGUGUAACCAGUGGUGCACCCUCCCUAAAUAAUAAUUUUUAAAAUAUAAACUAUUUGGCACACAAAAUCCUAAUAAAUAAGUUCAGCUGAAUGCCAAGAACUUGCCUUCAAUUCCACUUUUAGAUAAAAGUAGGAGUUAAAGGUGUAUCAGUCCAAACAUUACGCUGAUUUGAUUCAUAGUGUUCAAUGUUGUAAUGCAAGCAAAAUAGGCUUGUAAGGCAUCUUCAGCCUUUUGUGUUUUAUACAAUGGUGAUUUCAGAUUAUAGUGUAUUCAGCAUAAGCACUUUAUUUUAAAAUGACAAUCAUUGCUGCAGGCAAAUCAUCAUUGUAAUGCAAUCAAGUCAACAUUGACAAGCCAAGGCAGUUAAGAAAUUUUUUGAAGUGUUCUGCUGUUUAUUUCCAACAAAAUGCUCAGUAAAGAUUUUUCAUAAGCAUAAGGGCUAACCCAAAUGAUGAAUUGCUCAAUAUGUUUUUAUGAGAAGUGUUUGUAAAUAAUAUUGUUGAUUAAACACUACGCAUUAGAGGUCAGAGGACUAGAGUUUGCAGUACAUUUUAAUGUUUCAGUACUGAAUGUCACACUAUUUAAAUUCAUUAUACGUCAUCUAUAAAAGCAUGAAAUAGGUAUUCCCAAAGAAGGAUAGCAUUUUGAAUAUUCUAAACACUUGAAGCAAAAAUCCUCUAUCAUAACAUUUCUUUAAAAGAUUGUAGUCUGUAUAACUUUGAUUUUAGUAUGGGUUGCAAUUUUUGUCUUGCCGUAUUGUCUGUUAAUGAUCUAUCACCAGGUUAAUUACCACAUAGAUUUAACUAAUGGAGAAUGAACUGUUAUGAAUUCCAGCUUUGGUGAGUUUGUAUGUUUAUUAUGUGGCCCAUUAGAGAUCUCAGUUACUUAUCUGUACUGCAUGCAGAAUCAGCUGCUGAAUACAGUUUGCAGAGAGUUAUCGAAGGGAACUGAAAAGUUUAUGGAUUUAUCUCCCUAUGUAAGUGGGAUAAACUCUAGUGUACAUUAGAGCUAAUGCACCUUGAUUAGGAUUUGUUAGAACUGAUGCAGUUCCUGUACUGUGUAAACUCCUGGGGUAAAAAUGCAAUGGUAUAGCUGGAUUUUUAGAAGGGAAUUCUGGCUAGUGUGUACGUGAAAUAAAAACUUUCACUGAUUAGUUCAGUGUUGGUAUUUGCUCAUUACUGAAAAAAAAUCGUCAUGAAUUAAGAGUUUGUUCUAAUCAAAUUCACCAGUGCAAUAAAUAAUCUUUUUAAUAAAGUGAUUUUCCCUCUUCCCCUCCCUAUUAAUUCUUCAAUUCUCACAAAUACUCAAUUAUUCAACAUGAUGGAAAUUUAACUAAUUUUAUCAUUAGCUGAACUUAAGCAAUAUUUGACAGUGACCUAACAUAAAUGUGGUAAACAUUAAUACAGUUGUGAAUUCUUGUAUAGUGAUUUGAGUUUCAAUAAAAUGCACAACGGGACAAUUUAGCCCAAGAUACCAUGAUCGUAAAUAGACUAAACAGUUCUUGAAUUCCAGUCUUUGUUUCCAAUAUUUUUGUGCAUUAAUCUAACCAAUUCUUGUUUUCAAUCAAAUUACUAUGAUUGCAAUUUUCUUGCCACAUUUUGAGGAAAGUUUUAUAUUAUGUACCCACAAUACAUGAAAUAACUACUGGAAAAGAUUUUUAUAAAAAUUACUUGUUUUUCUGUGGCAGUGCUCAUGAACAAAAAUGAAAUAAAAAUGUCUAUCAUCUGUCUUCACUUAAGCUACUUGGUUUACUGUAAGUCUUUGUUCCCGUAUUAUGAUCCUAAAUUUGGUCUCCAUUUGUAUCGCAGAAGGCAUUGACAUGACUUCUUAUGAUCUCUCUGUAAUUGUUUAGUACAAGUCAGUCAUCUCUCUUCUGUCUGUAUCCUACAUUUUUGUGUUUCAUUGUGAUCAUUUGUGUGUAGAUUCCACAUGCACAGAGAUGAUCUCUUGCACUAUCCUUUCAUCCCUUUGAUCGCUCCACUGUGUAGUUAGGCAUGUGGACUAAUGAGUUCACAGGUUCCUCCAGCUAAAGCGUUGGCCAUUGGGAAGGCUGAAGUUACCCCUGUCAAACCGUGUGCCUUUUAUUUUUAAAAAAUAUCUACUAACUUUCUUCACUUCUGUGUUUAAAAGAAAAGCAUAUUAGCCUUUGUAAUUCAAUCUUGCACGUUUCAAAGUAUUGUUGUUUUAGCUCAUCAACUUUGCAAAAACCUUAUCCAUCCUUCGAGUGUUCUAGCUGUGUUCUUACCUCUCGAUCUUCUGAUCCGAAUUAUCAUCUAACAUUUUCCCUACAGCCUGGGACCUAGCCGACAGUUCUUAGUAUGGAUUAGGUCAUUUGCUUAUGCUUUGAUCGACAAAAUUCAUGCAAACGUGCAGUACUGAAAGAUCUGCAGUAUGUUUCAUUUUAUUUGAGCUCUGGAUUUGAUUUACCACUCACUUCCCAUUCGGGUUUAGAUUAUUUUGAAGAGUUCCAAUUCUGGUUGGGUGGAAUUUUUAUUGGCUGAUGUUCCGUUUUAGACUAUCGUUAUUGGUCUGUACAAUCUGCCCAUCAUCCUAGUCAUUUUCAUCCGCCAUUUGAAAAGCGAACUGACAUGUCUCGAGGGGGCGAUUCUUGACUGGCAAGCCGGCAUUUCCUCUAUAACUUAUAAUGAAAACCUUCAAAGGGGAAAAAAAGGCGGGUUGAAUGCGCAUGAUAGCGCUACUCCUCUUAAGCGUCUUAGCAAUGAUUUGGAGAUUGUUUGAAUUUCAGACACCGUGUCCAACCGGGAUUGUUGUCCUCGUCUUAAAAAUGAGGGAUCUAUGCAGAGUUAUUAUUCUGUUUCCAUGCUGCAGUUUUAACUGAUUAAACGCUUGAGAUAUGUAAA